AUGUUCGUGGCUUUCGUCUUGGUGCCUCGUUCCAAGUCCACUUGGGUCAGCUUUGGUGCACCAAGGGACACUUUGAAUCUGGAUGGUUCAACGGACGGUGGCUGCCAGACCGUGGACCCUAUCGACCAGGAAGACAAGUAUGGAAGAUGCCCAACUACCGACACUGCAACGACAGAUUGCAGCAGCUUCUUUGAGCCACAGGCACAGGUGUCGAUGCAAAUGCUUGGCAUGAUCGUCGGCAUAACUGGUGGCGUGAUUCUGUGCUGCGCGAUAUUGGGCAUCGCUGCUGUUCGCCAUAUCCAGAAGAACGCUAUGGACGACGUCAGCAUGUCGGCUGAUCAUGGGCCGCCCUCCAACGGAUGCAUGGCCAGGCUCCUGAGGAAUUGUGGCAUCUACGUCGGUGCAGGUAAGCGGGAUCGAGCCAAAGAGGCCAGAAUUCGAGCCAAGAAGGCACGGGAUAAGCGGAAGAAUCGCAACCAGGAGAAAACCACUCUGCUCGAGGACGGCACAGAAGCAACGCCAACACCAGGCGUGAUGGUUCCAUCCUCGACUGUCGUGGGGAAGCAGGGGGACACAGAGAGCUUGCCUCCUGACUCCACCAUCGGUGAGGAGCCGGAGGUAGAGGAGAAGAAAGCGAAAAAAGAAAAGAAGGAGAAGAAGGAAAAGAAGCAGAAGAAAGACAAAUCAGAUCCAUCUGCAGCCGGCGAGCCUGUGGAUGCGAUUUCUGUACGGGUUCUUGACGAGGGAGAAGCGCGUCUCCCAGAAGCCAGCGGUGACGACCUCCUAGGUUCGGCUUUGCAAGAGCAAAAGCCCAAGAAAAAGAACAAGAAGACAAACGACCGAGACACGGAAUGA